AUGUUGAAACAGGGCAAUGUCAUGAGUAUGCUAGUUCCUGGGGUUCUUCAAAAUCAGUUGAGACAUCAGAUGCCUGGAAUGUCCCAGACAACCAACAAUGGGCCGUUUCCUCCAGUAUGGACUCCAAAGCUUGCAACACAAUCUGUUCUACUAGACUCUGCAUUAGAGAAUCCGCACCAAAAUCCGCAACAACCCAACCAGAUUCAGUACUAUUCCCUAUUCCUGGAACAACCUCCCCCAGGUAUACCACAGCAGUCAGGAAACCCACCUACGAUGGAGCAGACAUUUGGUUGUCUGAUCCCUCAGUUUACUGGAGAGGUGAUUAAUCUUGAAAGGAUUCCUUCUGGAGCUCUUCAGCUUCCAACCAAAACUCAAGAGGACACUUUGACUGGAAAGCCUACUCUGGAACCAAACAAACUAGAAGAUAAGUCAUUGCUGACAGGUUCUGACUCUGAGGAAAAUAUCAUUUCUGGAGCCAUUUUGUUGCCCAUUGAUCCUGGAAUACAACUGAAUGCAUUCAAUGUACAGCAUUUUGGAGGAAGAGGUUUUGGCCAUGAUGCUACUGUGGGACAGCAGGACCUGAAUCCCAUCGGUCAACAUAGGCUAAAUAAUUCUAAUCAUGGAAACAUUUCACCAAUUGUUAAUGAAGUGCCUUUGGUAAUGCUACAAGAAAGAGGAAGAUCUGAUUCUACACCUAUUCUAAAAACAAGUGAUAAGGAAAUGUUCUCAACCUAUGCACCUCCUGUGGGCCUUCAGUUGACCCUUGGAGGUGCAGAUCCCACUAUUCCACCCGAAAUAGAAAGUGCCGUGACUGACCAUACUGUCAGUUCCAGUACAGAUAAUUGGAUUUUUUGUGAUUCCUACACACUUGAAACGCAACAAACACAUGACAUGAUUAGAGGGGAUAGUUACAUACCGAUACAGGCACCUGGAUAUUUUGUUAUUGAAAAAGUACAAAAUAAUCAGUUUGAAAUCUGA